CCUUUCCCUGCUUAGUUUCCCUCCCUGUUUCAGUCAGAUCAUGAGACUUCUGGUGUCUUUAGCAAAACACAAAUUAGAACCUCUUGAAGGUUUUACAGUAGCCAUGAGGUUCAGGGAGGUGCUGCUCCUCUUUGGCCUGCUCAGACUGACUUCAGGGCUGCCUGUUGCCUCGCCGUUCAGCCAGGCGCCGUUUCUCACUGUGUGGAACGCCCCCACAGAGAACUGCCUCUCCCAGUACGGCGUGGAUCUUGACCUGGGCAUGUUUAGCAUCGUCCAGAACCAAAAUCAAACCUUCAUAGGUGAAAAUGUCACUAUUUUCUAUGCUGACAAGCUGGGUCUGUACCCUCGGUACUCAGCCCAGGGCGAGGCCAUCAACGGCGGGGUUCCUCAGAACAGCAGCCUAGACGGACACCUCCGACUCGCCAGCGAAGAUAUCCACUACUACAUCCCUGACAGAGACUUCCAGGGCCUGGCGGUGGUGGACUGGGAGAGCUGGCGGCCAGUGUGGGAGAGAAACUGGGACAGUAAACAGGUGUACAAGGAGCGGUCGGAAGCCCUGGUGAGGGCCAGGCAUCCAGACUGGAGUCCUGCUCAGGUGGAGGCAGCGGCUCGGCUGGAGUUUGAGCAAUCUGGGAGGAAAUUCAUGGAGGAAACACUGAAACUGGGGCAGAAAAUGAGGCCAAGUGGCUUGUGGGGGUUUUAUGGAUUUCCCAAUUGCUACAACUAUUACAACAACAGGAGCGUAAACUACACAGGUGAGUGUCCAGAUGUGGAGCUGAGGAGGAACGAUGAGCUGUUGUGGAUGUGGAACGCCUCCUCCGCUCUGUACCCCGACAUCUACCUGAGCCUGGACCUGCGAGGCCUCGGCAAAGGGGUGCUGCUCUACGCUCAUCACCGCAUCCUGGAGGCCAUGAGGGCGGCGGAUCAAGUGACCCCGGCGCCGCUGCCCGUCUUCCCCUACGCCCGCAUCGUCUACACCUACACUUUAGAGUUCCUCUCCAUGGAGCAUCUGGUCUACACUGUAGGAGAGAGCGCUGCUUUAGGAUCUGCUGGGGUCGUGCUGUGGGGGGACCAUGCAUUCGAUAAAUCUAAGGCUACAUGUGAAGCAGUCACGUCCUACAUCGACGAGACUUUAGGUCCCUAUGUGGUCAACGUGACCUCAGCUGCCACGCUCUGCAGCCAGACUUUGUGCUCCUCUCAGGGACGGUGUCAGAGGUCGGACCAGAGGUCAGGUGCCUACCUGCACCUCGACCCCGCAGCCUGGAAGAUCCUGUCUGAGAAGAAACCGGCAGGAGGGACAAACUACAGGGUUUUAGGACAGAUGGAUAAACAAAGUGUGCUGCAGAUGAAGUCUGACUUCCACUGCAGGUGUUAUCCUGGUUGGGAAGGGAGGGACUGCUCCACACCAGUUUAGAGAUUACAAUAGUUUUAAAUAAUGAGAGGGAGAAGUGAAAGCCAGAGUCUUUCUGAAUGGAGUUUGCUUGUUGCUUGUUGUGUCAUCAGUUUCUUCUCAGAACCCAAAGAUGUGCCUUUCAGCAGUAUUUGCUUUUAUGUGUCAGUGUCUCUGUCGUUGUUCUGUGAUGGAUGUGCAAUUCCUAAUCAGGACCAAAUGGGUUUUGAAGAUGGACUGAGUUGAUUGAUUCUUGUUCAUUUCAAAACAGCUACAUCUUUUGAAAUUAUCACUCAAUUUAUGUAUCUGUGUUUUGAUUUUAUUGUCAGUAUGCACUGAUAUGGAUGUAUGUGUUUUUUGUUUUUUUUACACUACUUAAUCAAAUCCUUCUGCAAACUGCACAGAUCCUGUUAGUUUUCCAGGCAGACUGCAUUUAAAACACAAUAGCACAAGUCAUAAAAUAAACUCCUAAGUGGAAAAUUUGUUGUUUUGAUUUAACUUUCAGCUUCUUAAAAGGAUCAUGCAAGUAACUUUUACUCUUUUUUAAUAGCUGUUGGCUUCAAAUGAGCACUUUGUCAUUCCUAAAACACCAAACUAAAUGUUUUUGUAAAGGUGGUCUCAAAUCUUCACAUGCAUCUGAUUGAAGAAAGUCUUCCUGAUAAUUUUAUACCAAAGUUUGAGACAUGUUGUGAAUUGUUCAAUAUGUUCUAACUACUGGCACCCUGGUAAUGAUUUUUUUUUAUAACUUCUUAAAUAGUGUUCUAACUCUAAACUUAUGUAAAUUUCAGCAAGUAGCAAUUUUCUUGUAAUUAUUACCUGACUUGUGAGGAUAUUACAUACAUCUGCCUUUAUUAAAGAGGAUGUUUUAUUGUUUUUCCCAUUUUGAAGAGUAAUUUAUCAGAAAAUGUUGAGUGGUGCCAUAUUUUUGUCCCUGUGGGAAACAGAAACCUCUGAUCACUUAUUGAGAACUGAUCAAUAUGCAUACUUUUAAAAGUAAAGUGCAACUUUAAACAUUUAAAUCUCAACUAAAAAUCCACUUGUUUAAAGUUGUAUUUGAAACGUAAUCAAUUGCAAAUUUAUUGAUGGAAUCUGACUUGAUGUUGUGUUUUGAUUGUUGAUUCUAUGUUGCAUUUUGUUUUUGUGUUUGAUUUCAUGUAAAGCACUUUGAAAUGCCUUGCUGCUGAAAUGUGCUAUACAAAUAAAGCUUGAUUUGAUUUGAUUUUGAUUUAAA